UAGAGUUUGGCUUUUGCAAUUAGCCGGUAUACCGGAACAACUAAUCUAACCAAUAAUUCAUAUACAUGAACAAUAUUUAGUGUCAAUUUAAUAUAUAAUACUAAAUUUUGUAGUUAAAUUACCUACACACUCUUUUAUUUAUUUUAUUUUUUUGUUUAAUUGUAAUAUUUAAAUUAUUAACUAUCAAUAAUACAUUUCCAAAUUAAAUUAGCAUUACUAAAAUAAAUAUGGCUAAAUUCAAUAGAAAACUUCAAGUUACGGUAAGACCACAAAAGAGACCAAAUUUACCGAAAGCUGCAGUUAACAUAUUAACUAGGUGGCUUGAAGAAAAUUGCACAAACCCCUAUCCGACCGAGUCAACGAAGAAAAUUUUGAUGGAAGUUACAAACCUUACUAAAAAUCAAAUUUACAAUUGGUUCAUUAAUAGUCGUCGUAGAAUUCUUCCAAAUAUUUUAAAGGAAAAGGAUAUAGACAAAAGUCUAAUACUAUUGAAAAUUAAAAAGUUCACGUGUUUCACUCGCAACAGUUUUGCUCAUCAUUUUGAAAAGAAAACUCAAUGUAAAACAACCAAAAAAUUGUUUGAAUCUGAAAGUAUUAUUGAACCCAAAAACGAAGAUUACAAUUUGCAAUUACUCGCAGAAGUGGCCACCAAAUUGCCACGAAUAACAUGUACAUCAUAAUAUAUAUAUUUAUACACUAUUUUUAUGUGUAGUUAGUCAAUAGGUUUAUAUUAUAAGCAUUUAUUUGUUUUUAAUUAUAAGUGUAUUUUUUAAGUAGGUACAGUAAAUAAAUACCUACGGGAUACGAUUGUUAUCUUAUUAGUUACCUAUUACUUAUUAGGUACCUUCUUACGAUUUAAAUCAUAUAAUAAGUGUAACUCUCUUUAAAUAAAAGAUAACAGUUGUGAUAUACUGAUAAAUUUACUUCGAUGAAAUGUAUAGUAGAAUAAUACUUAUUACACAAUAUAUUAUAAUAUAUUAAUAUACAAUAAUGUACAAAUAAUUAAUAAAGUUCAAAUACGUGUAACUAAAACAAUUUUUAACAAAUCUAUCUACGGAACACGGAAGAAACUAAUAUUUUAUCGUUAUUAAUUAUUUUGAUUUAUUGACCAUUAUACCUAUUACCUAAAUAGUAAAUAUAAAAAUUGUGUGUUUAUGUAAUAAAUAAUAUAUAAAGACUUAUAUAAUACACGC